ACCACUAAAGAAUAUAUUUGGAUCCCAAUAAUAAAAAGCUGCUAUCCAGGCUUCAUAAUCAUGUGAAUGGCAUUUAAAUAACAAUUUUAUUUUACUAUUUAUUAACUCAAACAACAAAACAUCCCCUUUAGAUGUAGAACACACUAUCUUAACACUGUCAUUAAUAAACUUUCCUAUGGACCAAUCCAAAGACAAAAACAAUGUUUCUGUAGCUUCAACUUCGGUUGAAAAACUCGUAAAAAACUCCAAUUUAACACCUUCACUUUCAUUUGUAGUUAAUUUGUAGAUUUCAAGCGUAUUUUUAGCAUUUACAACCCCUAGUAAAGAGUCAUCACCAAUUUUUUGACAACACCAUUUUUGAUCCAAAACUGCUGCAGUAUCUAUCGUCUGCAACAAUUUCAACCCAUCAUCUUUAUCCACGGAGAACAACAAUAUCCUCCCAACUCUCUCCUUGGGCAAAUCAUCUAAAAAAACACCGUUGCAGAGUCAUAAUAUAAAACUUAUGUAGGUAGGUACCAUUUUUAUUUUCCGCGUCUAACAGCUGGUAAUUAGCACAUACAAACAAAUUUUGAUGAGGUUCGAAGGGGCACCACUCCAGGGAAUCCGCGCAGUACACAGUGUCGUAGGAAUAAAGCGUUUUAAAGUUUUUAGAUUCAGGCAAAUCUGUCAUUUUCGUAUAUUGUGAGGUUAUGGCUGUUAAACGUCAAAACGCACGUGGGUUUUGCAUGGCUGCCAAUGUGACACCUAAUUGAUGGCGUUGUUUUGAUUGUUAUCGCAGGGUUUUUGUUUGUUUUAUGUUGGCGGCACUUUAUUUACAAAUGGUGGGUUUUUGAAUUGUCACAGAAUUGUCGGAUUUUCUUGUAAUAAAAAUGUCUUUGGAGUGCGGGGAUUCGCAGGAAAAUGAAAAAAUUGUUACUGCUAAAAGAAUAUGUAACUCGCUGCAGAGCGAGGACAGAAAAGUCCGCAAAAAUGCUUAUAUUGAAAUGGAAAAAUACCUGAGUUCAGGAAACGUUGAUUUUUCUCAACAAGACUUGAAGAAUAUAUUCAUUGAGACGUAUAUGUACACUUUAAAUGGAUUGAGGGACAAAACGGAGGCUGUUAGAGAGCAGGCAAUAAAUUUUAUUAACUUUUUAAUCAUUAAUAAGUUACCUUUAAACGAUUAUUACUUAACUUACAUUUUUCCUGUUAUUGUGGAAAGAAUAGGUUCUGUAGAGAUAAUAGAAGAAUCAGAAGAAAUAAGAUUGCAAUUACUACAACUAUUAGAUGCUAUAAUUGGUAAAUACUCAAAGACUGAACAGUUAAAGCCCUUUUUAGGUGACAGUGUUAUAAUUUUGUCUGAAACUGUUAAAGACAAAUAUCCGGCUAUCAAAGAGUUGAGUAAUCAGACUAUAGUGAAGUUAGCUGAUGCCUUACCAAAGGAUUUCCACAUGCAAGCAGAAACAUUGAUAAAACCUGUUUUGACAUGCUUUACACAUCAGCGAUAUAAGGUUAGAGUUGAGGCUAUAAAAUCCAUCGGCAAAAUUAUAUUACAUGCCACUUACAAGGGUUUACAAGAUGUUUUGGGGCCAAUGGCUGAAAGACUUUUUGACCAAAUACCUUUAGUUCGAAGAACUGUAGCUCAAGUUGCAGCAGAGUGGUUAUUAACUCAUCGAGAUAGAUAUUCUUAUUUUGCCAAAGUAUUGCCUCUAUUGCUCACUGGGUUGAACGAUGAAGUUGAAGAGACCAGAGUUGAGGCCCAUCUGUUGUGGGACAAAGUCGGUCUGCAAUUUCAACAAGAAAACACCAAGGAUUUGAAGGAUCAGCUGGAUUAUUUGACAACUAUGCCUAAAUAUUAUCCAGAGGAACAUAAAAGGCCAAAUCUGGGUUGUAGGACUUUGGUGCAGAGAAAUGUUGGUAAUAUCGCCCCAGCGCUGGCCAAAGAACUGCUUAGCUGGCAAGGCGACGUGCGAUUCAGAUGCAGCCAGCUCCUUUGCUCCAUAGCUCUGCUGGCCGAAGAGGGCCUAACGAUGCAUCUGCAAGAGCUACUGCCGGCCAUGUACUCUGCCGCACGCGAUGAAGACGCCCGCGUGGUCGAAAACAUACGACUCGCCAGCGAGUUAAUCGGUCUGUUUGUCCCGUACGACACCUGGUCGCAGAUAGUUCUGCCCGCCGUCGAAGAUGGCGCCCACUACGGCCACCUGUUGGUGCUGGCCGGCUUGAUAAAGGGCACCCCCAAAGAGUACAUCAAGAAUUACGUCGAUGACGUUUCCAAGUUGCUGGCGGAAGAUUACAUUUGUUUCGGCAGGAAGAAGCUGUAUCAGGUCGAGUUGAUGAAUUGCGUGCAGCAAGUUUACCGGAAGUACGACUCGGGGUUGAGUUGGGAGCUAACCGGUUUCAACUUGUUUAAAGUUAUCGUUGUUUUGAUGGCGUUGGGGGAUGCUGAUAAUCACGGUGCUAUUAUUGAUGAUUUAGCGAAACAUUUAGGUGAAGAGUCGGGUCAGAACCUCUGGGAUAUGUUCACUCAAGACGUCUUGAAACACAUAAACGUCGAACCCAAGUUGUGGACCAAAACAUCGGAUCAUUGUUGCGUUUUCUUGACCGUCAUCUCCGAAUGCAAUGAAGCCUUCGGAGUUAACCUCGAAAUUAUCGCCGACGUUCUCGAGAAAGCGUUGGAUGAUGAGGCCGAUGGCGAGCAGAAGUUGAACACUUUGUACGUGCUAUCGGAAGUGUUCGGCGAUAAGAAGCUUAUCUUCAAGAACGCCGAAAACUUGACGCAAUUUCUCGAGAAACUUAUCACGGACAUUUUUGUUCCCAACCUGGUCUGGCACGCAGGCGCUACAGCGGAAGCUGUAAGAACCAUGUCCGCUCAGUGUUUAAAGUACGCACUUCAACCCACUGAAGGGGUCGACUUGUUUUCCUCCUCUGAUGUUUUGAAAGGGGUUUUUGAGAAGUUGCAGCCCCUUUUGUUGUCGCUUGUGGAGGACGCUUCCUACAGAUCCAGACUGUUGGGUGUUGAAUGUUUGGUUUUGCUGAAGGAGAAUGCUUGCAGGAAGGAUGUGUGGAGUGUGGAGGAUUUAGGGAAGAUUUAUCCAGAGGUUUUAAAGAGACUUGAUGAUCCCACUGAUAAAGUGAGGGUGUGUGCCUUGCACUCCCUUCCAACUUUGCUUAGGGACGCGCCAAAUAAUUUCAAAGAAAAUUACUACAAAGCUCACCACGAAUUAAUCAUCGACACUCUGCUGACGCAUUUUGACGACGAUGAUGAAAACAUUCAAAAUUUAGUUUACGACGUUCUCAAGGUGAUGGCGGAAAUCAGCAAACGAGAGUUGGUGAAGAAAUUGGAAAGACACAGGAAGGUUUUGAGAAACCAGAGAGGUUGUGAUAGAUUGAUGGAGUACACUCAAAAUUUUAUUUGUUUGUAGUUUUUUGCACAUUGUGAUAUUGAAUUUUUACCAAUAAAUGUUUUUAGUGUG